UAGUCUAGUCAAAGUUCAGAGUACUGCAACUGAUAAUGAAAGAAUAGCUAAGCUAGGUACGUAUAGGCCUUAGGAGACAGAGCUCUAGCUAACCAACCAACCAGCCCAGCCACCAAUAGUAUUAAACAUACAGCUACACCUUUUCUUGUGAAGUACUGUUAGUGUUCAAAAUGACGUCUGAACUGGACCAAGUACUGCAAGCCCGAUUCAAGCAGACAGAGGGGAGUGGCAGUGACGCAAACGGCUCCAAGCCGUCACAAGGCAAACUCUCUUCCACCACCAAACCAUCAACAGCUGGUAAGCCGUCAGUUGCUAAGCCAGUACCAGGAAAAAAACCAGGUCCGAAGCCACCACCACCAACUAAACCUACGCUUCCAGCCAAGAAGUUUAAUCCGAAGGUUGCCAGCAAAAUCAAUGCUUCUCUCGCUCACAAACCAAACAAACCCCCACCACUAACAGCAAAGCCGAAGCUACCUCCAUCAAAGCCUGCCUCAUCGAAAUCUGGAAAAAAGGAAGAGGUUAAACCGUCACCAGGAGCUGCUGCCCUUGCUACUUUGCUUCAAGCUACUAAGAAAGAUGUCACUGGAGUAUCAGUUUCAGACGAUGCCAAACAGCUUUUUAAGUCCCCAAAACUAUCCAGGCUUGAGAAAACGCGAAGUGUCGAAGUGUCAAAGCCACGAAGUGUUUCGGACCUAACAAACAGUACGGAGAGACCAUACAGUACUGCAUGUAGCAUCGAUGAAGACUUUCUGAGUCAAUCUCCACGCCAGAGAGCUUCUCCGGUCAUCUCUCCACGUUCAAGCCCCUCAAUUGGAAAGAGAAGAACAAUCAGUUUGAGUCCUGCAAAGUCCGUGGAUAGCCCUCUCACACAAAGUCCUUUACACACUGCCUCCAGCAGUCGAGAGAACUCGGUAGAACCAGAGUCGGACCAGUUCGACAAAGCUUCGUCUCUACCACGUGAAGCAUCGCUUUCAACAUCGCCCCAAGAGAAUGACUCAAUACCUACACCCUCACAGAACAGCAAUACACUGGGAAAUAGUUUGUCUGUUCAGAACCAGAAACUAAAAGCAAGAUCAACAUCUGAUUUGAGAAAAGUAAACAAGAGAGGACCACCUCCACCACCUUCUAGAAAACCUGACUCAAAGCCGAAAAUGAGUAGCUCCAAUAUUUCUCUGAAAGAACCCGAAAACAAUUUGGAAUCUAAAACACGCUCCAACUCUCUACCUAUAGAAAACCCUGAUAAUGGCAGCAAUAAACCACCUGUAAAUGCUGUAUCGUCAAGCUCACUGGAAAAUCGUAAACUGCCCCCACGACCACCACCCAAAAGACCGCCAAGCCCACUAGCACAAGUAGCCUCGGACGUUAAUCGUUCAACCUCACCACCUCAGCACCAAGCACAAUCACCACAAACUUCGCCAUCCUUGCUACACGGUGAGGAUUCUCCCACCCCCGGAUCACCUGCUACCGGGGUCAAAAUCCUCUCUGGUGGAAGCCCGACGAUCCGUGUGACAGCUUCUUCAAUUAGUGAAAACAGUUCCCAGAAGAGAGGGGCCAAAACAGACUCUGGGUUCGGCUCUGAGGCUCCGGAUGAGGUUUCAAUGGUUAAAGGAACGUCUGUGGAGAGUCUACCAGAGGAGGCUGUGCCUGGUCCUCCCUCCCCAGUCACAAUGGAGGGCAUGCCUGCUCCCCCCUCCCCCAUCGCUGCCGAGACAAUGGAGGGUCCCCCCUCCCCCGUUGCUGCUGAGACAAUGGAGGUUUGGGAUCAAGAGAGGCUGGAUAAAGCUCGCUCGAAGAGACACCACAUCGCUCUGGAGCUGCUCUCUACUGAAAAGACCUAUGUGGAGCGCAUUAGGUGUAUAGCGAUGGAUUUCCACGGGACAGUGACAGAGUUUAAUGUGAAGAACAAGCAGGCCAUACCCCAGUCCGCAGUGCAGCUCAUCUUUCUCAACAUACAACAGAUCUAUCAGCUCAACGAGAACAUUCUGACUGCGCUUCAGGAGAGGAUGGACAGCUGGGAGACCCACGAAGGCCUCGGUGAUGUCAUAGCUCGGCUGGCACCGUUCCUGAAACUAUAUGCCACGUACACAUCAGGGUUUGAGGACGCCAUGAAAACGCUGACAGAUUGGACUAAGAGAGACAAGAAGUUUGAUGCCCUCAUCAGAGACUUUGAGCAAAACACGUUGUCGACUGGCCUGGGUGUGGCCCAUUACAUGUUGGAGCCUGUGCAGAGGAUACCUCGUUACCGCCUGCUACUGGCCGACUAUCUCAAGUACCUCCCUCCAGACUCCCCAGACAGGCUGGACACCACAAAGGCUCUUGCAAUCAUUUCUGAUGCUGCUUAUCGCACCAAUGACAGAAUCAAGGAACUAGAAAACUCAAACGAGAUUCUUGCAAUCCAACGCUCACUGACGGACUUUGAGGGAAAUCUGGUGACCCCAUCUCGGGUGUUCCUCAAGAAGGGAGAGCUGCAGAAGUCCUCCAGGAAGACAGAGACACCAAGAAUGUUCUUUCUGUUCUCUGAUAUACUGCUGCACACAAAACCAUCUGGUACUGGCACUUAUGAGUUCAAGGAUGAGAUGCCAAUAUUUGGAAUGAGGGUUGAAGUCCCGAAAGUGUCACUGGUUCCCAGCUUCAAUGUGCACAGCACCAGCAGAGCACUCAUCUUAGUAGCCAGUUCUGAAGAAGAGAGAGUAGAGUGGAUGACUGCCCUAAAGAAGGUGAUUUCUGAUGAUAUGAAGAAGAGGAGCUCCUUAAGGAGGGAUAUUCUGCCAUCUCAGACGAGCAUUGACUCUGCCGGGGGUGAGUUUGGCACUUUACCCCCCAUCAUGGUACCAGACAAGAAUGUCACCAUGUGUCAGACCUGUAGCGCUGCCUUCACAUUCACGUUUAGGAGACAUCACUGCAGAGCGUGCGGCAAGGUGGUAUGUGGGAACUGUUCUCAAAAUAAAACAUACCUCUCCUAUAUGGACAAGGUAGAGAGAGUGUGCGAGCAGUGCUCCCUCAAGGCCAAGGGACUCACAGAAGAAAUUAAUGGCCAGAAUUCUCCUAUUGUACAAAAGAAAAUGAAAAUAGAACCUCUUCCAUCUGGAGUUCUUAAUUUAAAAGCUCUGGAGGAUGAUGCUGUGAUUGCUGCGUACGUUCUAUUUCAAGAUGGCCGCAACUGGAGGAAACUCUGGUAUCAGGUCAAGAAAGAUUUUGUCCUCUACAAGUUCAAAGCGCAUGAGGAUAUAAAGGCAAUUCAUUCCAUGCCAUUACCUGGCUAUGUAGUCACACCGGAUCGUGAGAACUCGUUAAUUAAUCUCACCCACCCGUCCUCAAAGAAACAACUUUGUGAGUGUUUUAAGGUGGAAGACCCUGUGGCUUUUGAGAGCUGGAUUGCCGUCCUGGGCAAAGUAGUGAGUAUGCAGCUACCCCAGUCAUCAAUCAUCAGCCCCACGUCAAACAGGAGUUCCCUCAUUGACAGUUUUGACUUCCCCUCCGGACCCAACAGUGUUCUCAAUAGUGGGGAGGACUGUAAUAGCACCAUAGGCUCUAGAACUGGUAGCUUUACUGAUUGCUGACCGUUUGUUCUUCAGUGUUUGAAAUGUAUCUUGCUGGUGAGGUAUGUAUUUUUGUUAUUUGUUUGGAAUCGUUGAAAUUUAAAUUCAGCGACUAAUGAAUGUAUGAAGUGUA